CGCGCCCUGAGACACCUCAUAACAACACCCACCCCCUCAAUUCGCAAUUGCGAUAUUCUAUACACCAGCGACCUCGAUACCUUGACAGGGCGCCAUGAGCGGCCGUCUAUCGUCAAAUCGGUCGAGUGUUGCCAUUCCUCGGCGGCCGGUGCCGGUGGUGGUGACGGACCAGACAUGUUACACGUACGCACUACGUGUCGCAUUUCUGGCGUAUCUAUUGCACCCGAAUACUCGUGCGGAGAGAGUUAAGAUUGCUGCUGUGAAUGCGAGCACUGUUGCUGAGCGGAACAAGCCGUCGCGGACCGCUACGGCGCUGGACAGCAUGAAUGAGUUGGUCAGAACGUCGACUGGAGUGAAGGAGAAGGAGGGGAAGAACAAGUUUCCGAAGGAUCUAGUGAAGAUAUUGAAGACCAAGUUGGAAGUGAUAUCGAUGGGCAAGGAUCCUCAGUAUCAAGAUCCAUUGGUACGGGCUACAUUUGCUGGGUUUUACGCACAUUACACAGAGCCAGGGUUCUACAAGCAGGUCAAGGAGAACAGGAAGAUCGAAGAACUUGUCAUGAUCUUCAUCUCCUCUGCUACCGCUGUGUUGAAGAAACGUCUUAAUGAUGAUCACGAGGCCAAGGAGAUGGUUAAUCAGCAUGUCGUAUUGUUCGUUAGAUUGAUCCGAUAUACGAUGAAGACGAAUCAUUUGGCCAGUUCAGCACCUGAUCUCAUGCAGAGGUUGGAAAACUACGAGACGAAGCUUAUGACGAACAGCCGUGUUGGACAUGAACCUGGAGUACAGCCUGGCGCACCUCUGACAAUCAGCUACAAUAUUCGCGAUAUGCCCAUGGUACAGACUGUUAUCAAACUCUUCAGCGUACCCGAGUAUAGGGCGCAACAGGAGAUCGAUGCGCUCAAGGGUAGUGUCAACGAGCAGACGGCCAUCAACGAUAUGAAAGCACGGAUCAAUAACAUAAACGCCAAUUCGCCAGCAGUGCUCCAAGAAGACGACUUCCAAUCCGAAGAAGCUUACCAACAAUGGAAGACCAUCGAGCUGAAACAGCUCUCGCAGAUGAUAUCAGACAUGAUCGAAGGGAAUCCAGAGUUGACGUUGAAUCCAAAUGGCGAGGCGGUCAGCACUUUGCUGAGCAACGGCAACGGACAAAGACGUAGUGCGAGCGAUGCAGCGACCAACCCUAACAGGCUGAGUAUGAUUAGCAAUGGCGGUGAUAUGGACAGAGUGCGGAGGACACACGGGGCAAGCAAGAGUAUUGCUAGCAUGCAGGAUCUUGAAGGUGGAGCAACACUAGUCCCACCGGAUCCGAAGAGAUUCUAUCGACAUUUGAUGGAAAUGUGUCUCAGUCGUGACUUGGCUCUCAAGCUUAGCGGUGAAAAUCCGGACGCGCCCAUGAUUUCUCGUGCUCAUUCCGAGCUUCUGGUCGAGUGUUGCCAGCGAUGGAGGAUGCUGCAGGCCUACCGCGUUGCUUCGUUUUUGGACGCGAUCAAGACGAAGUUCGUGGACGGCGAGGUGGGAUUAGAAGUCGUCGACGAGGCGUUCCAUCAUGCGCUGACAAUGCAUGAUGGUGAUUUUGAGUCCUGGUGCUUCCCUGACCACCAGUUGUAUUCGCAAGCACUCCUCAGAUUCAGUGAGGCGCUGAUGAGGAUGCUAUACGAUCAAAUCCAGCAUGCAUUCGAUACCAAAGCUCCGAAGCCGGGGCACGGAUAUGUCCUUCAUGUCCUGAACGAGUACAUCUUGGAAGACCCUGUAUUCAAGGAGACUGGAGCACCCAUGAAGGAGUAUAUCCAACACCUCGAACAUGGCGUACGUCAAGUAGCCAUUGAUAGGUACAAUAGUCACCGCCAAAAAUUGCUUGAAGUGCAGGACUCCGUCAUGAAGGUAUCUAAUCACGUUGAUGCCGUAACUGCCGACAUGGACCGGGUGGUGAAACGAUACAAACAUGACAAGAUCCUUGAGUGUAUCAGCGUGCUUGAAAUCGUCGUUAAAACAACCGCUCUCAGUUUUGCUUUGGAUCUCCGCAACCUUAUCUUGGAGGUUGAUUUGGAUGCCAGGACUAAGGGAUUAGAAGUACCCUUGGAUGAUAUGCUGGUUUUAUUCGGGAAGGUUCAACCAGCUGUUGGUCCAAUGCAACAUCUCUGUCCAGAAAGUGAUAUAGCAGCGGUUGUAGAGGAAAGCUUUAGACCGUACGUUCAUGCUUGGUUAAAUGUCACUGAGGCGAAAACACCGGAAUGGGUUGACCGUGCCAUAAGCAUGGACAAGUUUCAAUCGGAAAAUCCGGAUGAACCAGGGCAUUCCUCCUCCGUUGUGGACCUGUUUGACCAGUUCUGGCAGGCAGUCGGGUUUCUUAAGGACCUGGAGUGGCCAGAUGAGUACCAGGACGCAAAGUUCCGUACCAGACUGGCGAAAGCGUUUUCGCUAGGUAUUGCACAGUAUUGCAAGCGUGCUGAGGAGUUGUUUACAUACGAAACGACCCUCAAACCUGCGGCAGAACAAGAAGCCACGUCAAGUGCUCAACCCAACACCGAGCGUUGGAUGGCCAUGGCGAGAAAUGCUAUUCGUGGGAGAACCAGGGUCGAACCCUUCAAUUUUGCGCCGGAAAGUUGCGUCAAAAUCAACAAUAUUGAAUAUGUUCAGAAGAAGAUGGAGGCUAUUGCGGAGGCCCUCGACGUCGAGACGAUGGCUAUGAUCAUUGAAGAACGGGAACCGCAAAAGCCACGCUCCUCGCACGAGAAGGCUACAUUCACCAUCAAGAUCAUCUCUGGAGAAGAUUUGAAACCAUGCGAUCGGAACGGCUUAAGUGAUCCUUACGUUGUCCUGAGUGAUGAACAUGGGCGACGCGUUGCCAAGACGCGCACGAUCUAUAAAUCACUCAACCCUCGUUGGGAUCAAAGUUUCGAUGUCGACGUCAAAGGACUGUUAUGGCUGCGUGCAACUGUGUGGGAUGCGGAUGUUAUGGGUGACCAUGAUAUCUGCGGGUCAUGCUACUUGAAAUUGGAUCCACGGUUGUUUGGCGAUUAUGUUCCUAGGGAGCAGGUUGCCGAUCUGGAUACCCAAGGACGCCUGUUGCUUAGGAUCAGCAUGGAAGGUGAGAAAGACGACAUUCUUUUCUAUUUUGGCAAAGUGUUCCGCAGUCUACAUGGAACUGAGAAUGCAAUGACGCGAAUUGUCGUGGACAAGAUGACCGCAUACAUCCAGGAAUGCUUAUCCAGGCAGGUCCUGAAAAGCCUCCUUUCGAGGCCGGUCAUCGACGUGGACAAAGUCUCCUUGCAAAUGUCAAAUCUUUUCAGUCGGGCCGGGUUGCGACAAGCCACUCCUCAGCCUGAACCUGCUCCAGCCAAGGUUGGGUUGACGAAGCAAGACAUGGAGAGCGCGAUUGACCCGCUCUUCGAUUACCUAGACGCAAACUUCGCCGUCUUAGCAGCAAAUCUUACGGAAUCAGCCAUCCGAAACAUCAUGUCGAAAGUCUGGCACGAGGUGCUUACGACGAUCGAGGACCUUCUCGUACCCCCUCUUUCCGAAAAGCCCUCAAGUAUGCGUCCACUCAACGAAGCAGAAGUUGAUGUCGUGUACAAUUGGCUAAAUUUCCUUCGUGAUUUCUUCCACCAUGGCGGAGAAGGCGUGCCCAUGGAUGUCCUGACACAGUCCAAAUACCAGGAGGUCGUGUCAAUUCGAUUCUUCUAUGACCAGGAUCUGAACACGCUCGUUCAGGAGGCGGAGCGCACGGUACAGACGGCAAUGGCUCGCCGACAGGAAGCAGCUGCACACGAGACGACGUCAGCUACUGGUGGCAAGUUGAAUUCGCGCAACUUGGGAACAAUCAAGGCAAAGAGGCAAAAGCAAGUGAAGGAUUUGCAGAGCAGUGAUGAUAUCAUUUUGAGAAUCAUGAGGAUGAGGGAAGGGUGCGAGAGAGUCCUGUACGAGAGAUUCAGGCAGCGCAGUCGUUUGCAACAGCAGCUGAUUGCCGAAGAGACCAUGAAGAUGUCGAACAGGAGGUGAUUGAGCGUAACAAUGUUUUUUUGGCACAAUUUUGCUGGGUCGAUGGCGUUUGGGGAGUACUUUGUGACCGUAUU